AUGCGGGCUGUUUCAAGUGGUGACAGAGACAAAGUGGAGUCGUUGCUCCGUGACGGAGCUGACUUAAAUCCUUCACCUUCCGUGUUUAAGACCACUCCCCUGAUUGUGGCCUGUGGUACCAAAGGAAGCUACAAAAUAGCAUGUCUGCUGUUAGAAGAAGGAGCUGAUCCAAACCUUGGAAAUGAUGAAGGCUGGACUCCACUAAUGGGAGCAGCAAAAAGCGGGCAUUAUCGUACUGUUGGUGUAUUAUUGGAGGGAGGAGCUCACCCUGAUAUACAUACUCCAAAAGGGUGGACAGCACUGAUGGAAGCAGUGGACAAAGGUCAUGGGGACAUUGCUCUGAGGAUAAUCGAGGCUGGAGCAACUCCACAUAUCCAACACAAGGUCAACAAAACAAAUGCUCUGCUGCUAGCUACUGAGCACGACAAGCUGGACAGGGUCGUGCAUGCUCUACUGGACCGUAUGGACUCUUCUUCCCACUUAGAUCUUCAGAAUAGUGAGGGGGAUACUGCUCUUCUGAUUGCAUUCAAGAAAAACAAAGUUCAACUGGUUAAACGGCUACUCUCUAUGGGAGCUAACCCAAACAUCAGUAACAAAAAUGGGGAAAACCCCUGUUAUUAUUGCUCAGGGAGAAGACAAAAGAGAAAUUUUGGAUCUCUUGCAAAGCUGUGCCAGACCAAUAGUAAGUAG